GGGAACGCGUCGUGCCGGGUGUCGUCGGGAUGUAGGUGAAGGUCCUGAGAGUCCGUCCGACGCGAGAGCUAGGCACCGCCAUGACGAUCCCUCCUUAAAUUGACCAGCCGGCCGAGCAACCGGGUUACUUCGGUGCACAUCGUCCGACUGUUCACGUCUUUCUCUCUGUCUCUCCCGUUUCGCACCUGCUGGUGCUCGUCGAUUCGACGUCGCUGCGUCGCUCAUCGUCGCGGAAAUAGUACACGUUCUUCGAGUCACCGAGUGCUAAUCAAAACCAGUGCGAGUCGUGACCCGAGAGAGCCCGAGAGUCAAGCCUUGCCGAUCGGCUGGGUGACUUGACGGGACCCGGCCGAGUAACAUCCCGAUCGAACGUCCAGCUGGAUCGGGAGCAAGGCGGUCGAAGAGGACGAGGACCAGUCUGAGGAGGGAAGACAUAAGAGAAAACGAUGGUGACAGAAGGACAACAGGAGCAGGAGGAGGAGCAGGAAUACAGGAGCACGUUGAAUACAGAAACACUGGAGACAGCUAGGCUGGAACUGCGCGAGGAUGAUAACACACGGGAGCAAACGCUGAAGCAGUUCCGCCAUUGGAUCCAGAAGCAUCCAACGAUCAAGAAGUGCCGCACUGAUUCGUUGUUCCUGCUGCGUUUCCUCAGGACAAAGAAGUUCAGUCUGCCGAUGGCACAAGAAAUGCUGGAGCGCUAUCUCACCAUCAGGCAGCUCUAUCCCGACUGGUUCCAAAAGCUCGAUAUCGAAGACCCAGAACUCGAGGUCAUUGUCGACAGCGGCUACCUGGUGCCCUUGCCGAAGCGGGAUCAGCACGGUCGCAAAGUAAUCUUGUCGUGCGCGGGACGUUUCGACCCGUACAAGUUCUCGUCGGUGCACAUGGCGCGAAUCCACAGCAUGGUGGUGGAAUCCCUGAUGGACGACGAGGAGAACCAGGUGCACGGUUACACGCACAUCAACGACGAGUCGGGACUGACGAUGGGCCAUCUGAGCGCGUGGUCCUUGACGGACAUUCGCAAUAUGCUGAGGUGCAUACAGAACAGCACGCCGAUGCGUCACAAGGAGACGCACUUCAUCAAUAUUCCCGGUAGCGUGGCGAAGAUCAUCGAGUUCGCCAUCUCGCUGCUCAACGACAAGCUCAAGGCGCGCGUUAUGAUACACAAGGACAUGGACGAGCUGCGAGAGGCGAUCGAUCCCAAGAUACUGCCGAAGGAAUACGGCGGGGAGGUGCCGCUCGCGGAAAUGAUCGCCGAAUUUAAAAAGAACCUGAAGCAGCAGAGAGACCAGCUCAUGGCUCUCGACGACAUGCACAUCGAGAUCUCGCCGAAGGACUAUCAAGCGGCCAACAACGAAGAGUUCGGCGGGAUAUGCGGCUCCUUCCGUAAAUUGGAAGUUGACUGAGUGUACUUCCGUUUGCGACCUCGUGCUGCACUUGCUCGAUUAUCUCCGUGGGACACAUCGUAUCCAUACUGACGAGCAGCCGUUUUGCCAAAAAAAAAAAACUGAAAUCUCUUAUCUUUAGCGAAGUAUACAGAAGAGUUCUUGCAGUUGUUAUCGUGUGUCAUACACGAAUCACGCAUAUGUGUUGAAUAUGAAUAUACUAAUGAGUAGCAAGUAACAGUUUGCACCGAUAUAAACUCGGCUAAUUAGUUUUUAUUAUCUCGUGUCUCUCUAAAAAUCUUGGGCCUUAAUAUUAAUAGUUAUCAUUUAAAACUUGUCUCAUUGUGAGAUACUCAAAAAUCAGUAGAGUUGGAGUUUUUUAUUUGGAUCAUAUAAGAUACGCAAUGUUAUGUUUGUAAUUACGAUUCUGCUGAGAAAUCUGCAGAAUUAGAUUAAAAUUAAAUUCAAAUUUGAGUAUCUUCAGACAAGUUUCAAAUAACGACUAUUAAUACAGUGAGUAUCUCACAUAUCACAGAAAUCUGAGUAUCUCACUCAAGGCAAGUUUCAAAUAUUGACUAUUAAUACGGGUUUUGAUGGCACAAAAAAAAAUAUAUAUAUAAGUACAGGAAAAUAUAUUUAAUUAGUUGUAGUUAGUGACUAGCAAAGAUGGUGCAAUCGAAUUUGUGCGUGAGAUAAAAGAGACCCGACCUAGUAACACCCCGAGAGAGUAUUGCGAAUAAGCACAAUAUACAUUAAUUUGUACAAUAAGCGUAUGACUGUAACUAUUAAGGCUCAUUAGCGCGCAUAAGCGCGUAAUGCUCGUACUGCCGGUGGUACCAAGUUACCUAUGAUCUGUAAGUCAUUAGCCCGACUACACAUUAAGACAUAUUGUGACCUGACACACGUUCCUCGUUGCUGCUGCAAUAGGACGCGUCGUUCCGAUUAUGACAGGCGUGCACUUAGCGAUCGCUUUAAUUAGCAGACGUUUCACUCGAUCGAGCUAAGGAGAGCAGAAGAGUCGUUAGGCACAUCUAUGCAGACGUUAGAAUUUUGUCAAGUUACAUCUGCGUUGGAGUUCUUAAUUUAUCCUUAAUAAUCGACGAGACGCGAGAAAGCGGACUCGAUCCACUUUUAUCGUUCUUCGUCGGAAACGUAAUUAGCUUUCGUGUGAUUACUUAGAUAUUAGUUAUCGUAAUUAUAUGCUGUACGAAUUGUGAUGUCUAUCGAAUUAUCUCUAUUGCAAUCUGUAUUCUCACCAGUGUUUGGCAUGCGUUGAACGCGAAGCGCGGCCAUGUGAUUCCGUCAGUUUCUCCUUCAACACAAUCCUUUAACGCAAGACAAUCAGACGGACGCGUUUUGCUUUGAAUGUGUGGCGAAAAUAUAGCUUUACGAUCUUGAUAUUUAACGUUUCUCUAGCUUAAAGGGACAAUAGUGACGGAUGUUUGUGAUGGGAGUAGCAUUUUUAUAAGCGGUCUCGCGAAUUUAUCGUAGAUAUAUAUAUUAUCCUGAAUAAGAUAAUAUUUUAUUUUACUCACACCCAUGGCGAUUUUAAGAGGGUAUAUUUUUACCAAAUAAAAUAUGCGAAUGCCGCAACACGUUGUAAAGUAAAACGUUUAUUCUUCACAGAGGAACAUAGGUUUAUGAAUUCAAAAAAGAAUGCGAGUAUUCGACUAUCAAUUAAAUAUAUAUAUAUCGACUGAAAA